CAAGCCCUUAUUUUCAGUUCUACCCCGAUCGGACCAUCGGUGGACGUUUAAAUAUUUGAACCGUAGGGUUUAGGCCUUUGGGCAGCCCUAUCAUCUUCAUCUCUCCAAUCUUCAUUUUCCCACUAGGGUUAGGUUAGGGUUAGGGUUUUUUCUGUCGUGUGAUACACGUUUGCAGGUUCUUGGUAGCGCUUCGUCUUCCCAGAGAGAAACGUUCAUAACUCACUAUGGCGAGGUACCGGAGCCGGAGCAGAAGCUACAGCCCUCGCCGGCGCAGCAGAAGCCCGCCGCGCGGGCGGAAGCGGUAUGACGACGACCCUCGAGACCGGUACCACGAAAGCAGGUCUUACAGGGACCGUCGCUCUCCCGCUCCUUCUGGGUUACUCGUGCGCAAUCUCCCUCUUGAUGCCAGGCCGGAAGAUCUUAGGACUCCGUUUGAGCGAUUUGGUCCUGUCAAGGAUGUGUAUCUGCCUAAGAACUACUACACUGGGGAGCCCCGGGGAUUUGGGUUUGUAAAGUUCCGAUUUGCAGAAGAUGCAGCUGAAGCAAAACAACAGCUAAAUCAUACAGUUAUAGGUGGUCGGGAGAUACGAAUUGUGUUUGCUGAGGAGAACAGGAAAACUCCUCAAGAAAUGCGUGUGACUUCACGUUCAAGUGGCAGAAGCUACCGAAGGCGGUCUCCAGCAAGGUCUCCAAGACGGCGAUAUCGUUCUUACUCGCGCUCUCCUUCACCUGCCAGGCAUGACUCAAGGAACCGUGGGGCAAGGGAUGAGUAUCUCUCUCCUGCAAGAUCUAGAUCAAUUUCACGAUCUCGUUCCCCUCAUGAUAGGCGAGAUUAUAGCCGGUCUCCAAGUCCAAAGGAGAACGGUCGGAGCCCUCGUGAAGUGGACAUUGAACGCAGUAGGUCAAGGAGUCUGAGGGCUGAUAGCCGCAGUCCUUCUGGAUCUCGCUCACAAUCCUAUAGCCCUCGGUGAUGGAUGCACCGUGCCGCUACUACAGUCCUCAAGAUUUCUUUAGCAUGCCUUGAGUUGCGGCCAGAUGUAGUUUGCUAUUCGAUGCCAUGGAGUUGUGUAAGGGAAUUUUAAUUUAUAUGUUUUAGUUGGGAGGCAGGAGUUGAGUUGAGAACUCUUUAUCCAAAAAAAAAAGGAGUUGAAUUGAGAGCAAUGAGUGAAGGAGUUUACUUGAUCAUGUGAAUUCAUGCUGGUAGAGUCAUAGACUACUUUUUACUAGAUUUAGAAUUUUGGGUUCAGUGGAUUUCGUUUGACUCUUGUAUAUGAUAGUGGUUGUAUUUGCUGAUACCUUUAGCGUUUGAAAAACAUAGGAUGCUCAAAUCUAAUGACUUGUUUCUUUUGCAA